AUGAGUCGAGUAGCGGUCAUACCCGUGCCGCUAGCGACCUGCUGCACGGUACUGUCAUGCUUCGGCGUCGCGAUCUUGCUGGUCUUGGGAGCAGCCUUUGAUGCCAAUGUCGAAGUCUUGAUGGGCCACUCUGAAGACCCGAAAGACGGACACGCGGUCGCUCAGACAUGCUACAGCGCAGCCAUCGUCUAUGCUGUCUUCAUAGCGUUAUGCGGGUGCCAAGCCUUCACGGGUGUACGGUACAAGAAGCCAGCGGUGAGGCUAUAA